ACAGCUAAGUCAUUCAUUCAACAAUAUUCAAAUAUUAUGAAAUAGCUACAUUUUGAUAAUAAUUUUAAAUCUGUAAAUGGAAUUAAUUUAAUGAAGGAGCUAGAAAAUGCUCCAUAAAAGCAUUAUGGUAAUACUUAAUUAGCACCUAUGUAGCCAUGCAAUGACUUAGAUUAUAGAAGCAGAAGAAAUGUUACUAAGAUAGCAUAAAUCCUACAUUAAUAAAAUUAUUAAUAGGUAGAUUAAAUUUCAAAAUUGUAGUAAAAUAAACAGCAGCAAUAAUCUGUUGAGAGGCUUAUAGCAUAAAACUAAGAACUCAAUUCUUCCAAUAACCAAAGCAAAAACACAAGUUCAGUUUUACUUAUUCCUGCUAUAAAAGACCUAAAUUAAGAGAGGAUACUUUAGAGAUUGAAAUCAAGGACUAUUCACUCUGAGUAAUCUUCUCCAAAAAUGGAAAAAAACACUCCUUCUAAUAUGAACAGCGAUUUUAGUAGCUAUCAGUGCAAUUUUCCCAAAGAUUUUUCACCAAAGGUAACUGAAUAGAAUACCAGCUAAAAUAGCAUCGGAUUCAACUAGCUGAGCAAUCUUGUUUUCAAUUAAUGCUCAGUAGCUAGAUCUCAAAGCAGAGAAAAGGAAUUAAUUUAAUCUACCAAUUUGAAUAGCUUAGAAUCUGAGUGGUCAAAAAUUAAAAAGGAACAUAAUUUUGAUAAUAGGAGUUAGUCUCCCUUUAGAUUUCAUAGUCCAGUUUUACAAGGACAAUAGCAUGCUUCUAGUUAGCUGUCUUCUUCUAAUAUAGGCAAUGAGUCAAAAAUUUCAAAUAGCUCGAAUAACAAUGCGACUUCAUCUCUUUCCAGAUAAUUUGCUGAUUACUAGUUUACUCAAAAGAACGAGUGGUGUAGUAGCUUAGAAAGAUCAGCUGAUUCUACAAAGAAACCUUUUGAAAAUAAUAGCAGUUCAAAUACAAUUUCUCAAAAAAUUCAUAAGAAUGCAUUUGCAGGAGAGUACAAAUAAAAGCAGAAAACUCUUAUUAAAAAAUCUGUCCCCCUAUCAAAAAUUAACUUAGAAUUGGUAAAACAAGAAUAACUUUCUGGGAGAUAGCUAACAGCAGGGAGAAAGACUCCUAAGAGUAGUUAAUAGUAGCAAAAUUAAAAAAGCUCACAAAUAAUUAUUUCAUAAGUAACUCCAAAUAAUAAUUAAUAUGUGUAAAGCUCUAAUUCUUUAUCAAAUCGCUAGCACAGAAGCAGUUAAGAUAACAAAGAUGAAUCUCAUUUUUAAACGAUUCUUGACAAAUAUUAGAAUGUUCAUAAAAGGCAAUAAGUGUAGUAACAGUAGUAAUAGAAUCUCAACAUGAGUAACUUAAGUAAUAAUUCCUCAAAUAGCUUUCAGCCAACUAACUAUUAGUGCAUAUCAACUUAGCCAUUAAGUUUUGUGCAAAAUAAUGCUCAAGAUAUAAAUAAUAUAUCUAGUUUUGAAACUUCUAGCUUUUCAGCAGUUGAGAAUAAAAGAAAUUCAAUUUAUGAUUCUCGUUAAUCUUUUAAUUUUAAAUUAUAAAAGGAAGAUUCGCUUGUAAAUAAUGGAGUUUGUUCAUAAACUUCAUCUCAAUAAAUAUAUAACUUUACAUCUAAAGUUAUUAACCCAAGCAACUAUUAUACUUCCCCAGGAUUUACUUAAAAUCUCUCUUCUAGUUAACUAAACUAGCAUAAUUCAAAGACUUCUAGUAUAAAUAACUCCAUACCUUAAACAAUCUAACCAUCUUUAUCUUGUAAUCUUUAAAGCAAUUAAGCUAUCCAAAAUCAUUCAUUGAGCAAUCAAGCAGUGAUGGCUUCAUAGUCAAUUGGUAAAGGUGAGAGAACCAUUAACAGUUUAUUAAAUGAGUAGUAAAAGAAUCCUCAAUCUAGCUCAAAAAUUCAUAACUAGAUAAAAGUAAUGUCUCCAAAAUAAAAUGAUCUAAAAAGUAUAUCUCAAAGAAACAACUUAAAUAAGUAAAAUUCUAGUGAGAACAUAUCCUCUUGCUAGCAAUUGUCAUCCUCUUAGAUAUAAGUAGAAUAAAAUUCAAUGAUAAAUAGCAUUCAAAAGGGAGGUCUAGAUGAUGUUGAAUUAACAACAUCGAAGUACUAUGGAAAAAGUACCAUAAUAAACUAACAAGAGAGAGACGUUAAGCAAAUAAUAAUGAAUAAAAUUCACAAAAUGAAUGUUGCUAAGAUAUGCCUUAAGGAUGAAGAUUUAGGAUCGUUGAGCUAUAACAAUUGUAGCAGCAAUAACGAUAUCUAAAAUAAUAAUUUUUAGAAUGGUAACAACAACGAUAAAAAUGAAACAGAAAUUAAUAGGUGCUAAUAACAGAAUAACUUAAUAUCUUACAGUCCUAUAUCAUCUACAAACUACGAGCGUAAUUAAAUACUCAAUAGCUCACCCUAAUAUCAAAAUAACUUAUCAUCUUCUGCUUGUUAGUUGCAAGUAAUCAAGCCUGUUAGCUAAAUGCCAAUUAUAAAAUAUUAGCCACAAUCAGAAAGCAAAAAAAUUUAGGGAAAAACAGUGAAUUCCAAUACCACUUCACCAGAUAAGCAAGAAAAUAUCUCAAAGGUAGGAGAAAUAGAAUAUAAGCUUAAGUAAAUAGGGUAGCAAAAUUAACAAUAAGCUUAAUACAACCGUUCAAGUUAUAUACUACAAAAUAACCAAAAUACAAAUAACAUGGUUUUAAAUUAGUAUCAGAUAUAGUAACCUGCACAGAGUUAAUUGCCUAUAUAAAUUUUAAACAACAGCAAUAAUAAUAACGUCGUCUAAGAACCUUUUAACUCUUUAAACAAAAAUAUGGGAUGCUAACCAAGCUAAAAUAAUAUUCAAACAAGCAGUAAAUAUUAAAUAAAUUUAGCUUAAAUAUUAUAAAGCGAUACAAAUAAGCUCAAAGAGUCUAACACUUUUAACUAAGAAAAUUUAGAUAAAAAAAAUCAAGGGAAUAAUAAUUCAUCUCAAUAUCAUGUUUUUUCUUCAAAUUCAAAUAAUUCUGCAUCAUCCUCAUAAAUGAACCAAAAUUAAAUUUAGCAAUAAUACUCUUCACAGCAAUCUUAUUACUAAAGAAUAAACCCACUGUAGGUUAGCACAAAUAUUAAUAGGAUAAUAUCAUAAAAAGUAUCUGAAUAAAAUAAAAUUACUUAAAUAAAACCUGUUUAAAAUAUUGACUAGUUUAAUUACUAUUCAAAGCCAAUUUCUUAACAUGUUGUUAAUAAAAAUUUUAUCUUAUAGCCUUAAUUAGAUUCAAAAACAACUAUGAUUCUUAAAAAUUAGCAAUAAAUUCCUUAACAAUAAACUAAUUAAAUUAGCCUCCCUGCUGAUCGUGCUUUUUUGAGAUCAAAUUCUAGUGAAGGAUAAUUUUAAAUUGGUUAACUAUAGACUGCACAAGUAUACUAAAAAUAAUAAAAUUAAAAAUAAAUUGUAUCACAAAAUCAUCACCAUCAUGAAUCAGAAAACAACUAUAAAACAGAAAUAAAUAAGAAUGGUACUGUAAAAAUAGAAUAUCCGAAUUAACAUGCAAACAAUAUUAUUUCAUAUUAAAAUAACAUUUGCCUAUCUUAUAAAUAAAAUACUUCUAACAAUACAAAUAAUUAAUAUAAUACUAUAGAUAGAGAUGUCAAUACAAAUAUGCAAAUCUAAAACUAAGAAAAAUAACUAUAAUACUAAAGUAAAUAAUUUGGCAGUACUGAUUAGAAUCAGCUUACUUCAAACUAAAGCUUAAAAUAUUCAGAUUAAUAAUAAGGGAAAAGGUCUUUUCUUAAUAAUUAACCUUAAAAUAAUCAUGAAAUUCCUAAGAUUAAAAAAACAAGUUCAUUUUUUGCUCAUUGA